UAGAAGAGAAGGAAAUAUAGGAAGUUAGUGAAUAAGACUUAAAGAAUAUAAAUCAUAAGAAGCUAGUAGAUACUUUCGUUAAGUGAGAGAUGUUUUUCUGACCGUUUGCUGUUCUCGUUCUAGGGGACAAACGGAGGGCCGGGGGGAUUCUUCCCGAGGGAGACCAUCGCACAACACCAUUGCCCGUACUGUCCACAGUCCUUCAUGUUCCAAUCCAUCCUCAAGCGUCACCUCCGUACGCACACAGGGGAGAAGCCAUAUGAAUGUCCCAACUGUGACUACCGGUCAGCUUACAAAUACCACGUUGCCAGGCACAUGAAACUACACAACAAUGCAAACAUACACGUUGAGAAUGCACCUACAGAAAGGCCUGUGGUCCUCUCAGCGCAUACUCUUAGCAUUAUACAGUCAAACCUAAUGGGGACUCAGGACGGUGUGUCUGGCAUAUCAAACUCUCAAAAUGUACCGGGCGUCUCAAGCAUUCAACAGCCUGAGUGAAGCUCUGUGGAACUUGAAAAAGAAAUUAGACAGGCUUGUUGAUGAGGAAAUUUCAGAAAUGCAGUGUCACCUGUAGCUUAUUGGAAAUUUAGAUAUAUUUGGUAAAAUAGGACUGAUACAGGAAAACAUACAGAUAUUAUAGGGAUGAAUGAUUAAAAUAUAUUAACAGUAUAUCUUGGACAAGAUGAGAACUAGUAGAUUUCUUUUAUUUUUUUCCAUAUUUUAAAAUUACAGAACUCAAAAUAUAUUAGAUUUAAGAAUUGCACAACAUAACUGAUGUCUUUAUUAUACAAGGAACAGUGUCACUGAAUUAUCUCAAUAACUCACUGCCUGAUUUUAUGUUAUUAGUAGAAAUUUUUGUAAUUUAUAGGUCUAUUAAAAAACAUAGAUUGUCUACUAUUUUAUGGAAACAUUAAUGUAAACACAGAUUGCAAAGUAUGUAUGAUAUAUACAUUUGCAUGAAUGUAAUGCAUCUAUGUUUGAAAAGUCAUGUUCUGAAGUGUGGCAUAACUGUACAUGUAGUUAAGGAGAGAGAUUUAAUCCUUUACUCAGAAAGUUUUGGCAGUAAAUAUGCUGAUAAAUGUUUAUACAAUAUUUGUACACUGAAUAAGUUGUGAUGAGAUUGUUAAGGAAUAUUGUCCAUUUUACAUAAACUUUAUGGAUAUUUGAGCAGCUUCAAUUUAUGAUAUUGUAUAUGUUAAUGAUACCUUCUAUUUUCUUUGUUUUUCCUCUCAUUUUGAUUUUCUUCAUCUCUGUCUCUUUUCUGACUUUCAUUAUAGUUGAUGAUAAAAUUAUUCUCAAUGUGAUUAGGAUCACGAUCAUUGCUAUCAUUAUCAACGUAAAUAAUGUUAUCCAUGACAUCAUUAUCAUUUACAAAU